AUGAGUGAUCCAAAUACUAUUGUGCUGAUGAGCUUUAUUGAAAUUAGAAUAGUAGUAAUAGUAAUAGUAAUAAUACUGGUGAAAGAUGAUGACAAGGCCGGAGAAGUAAAUGAAGAAGAAGAUCAAAAUGUAGAUUUUGAUGACGACAAUAAAAUGUUAACAUUAGAAAUGAUGAAAAAAGAAUUAGAUUAUUUUAAUAUUGAGAUGAGCAUGAAAGAAUUGAAUUUAGCAGAGAAAGCAGCAGCAGAAAUUUUUACGAAAUUUAUUAAAGCAAUUGAAAAUCUAAUCUAUGAAGCAAUUAGAACAUUCUCAAGCUCUAUCACAAUCGAAUUCUUUAGUUCUUCAAAAUCGCCCUCAAUCCAAUUCAAUGACACACCAAUGAAAGAUAAACUUCUUGAAUACAAAUUUAUUGGUUAUGGGAUUUUAGAUCACUUUGAUGAAAGUUACUUAUCAGAUUGUUUAACCAGAAGUUUUCCUUUUAUGGAUGUAUAUCUUGAAACUGAAAUAAAAUAUAAUUCUUAUAAUAACAGCCUAUUCCUAUAUACAUAG